AUGAGAGAGAAGCUGGAGCAAAUCAGCACAGGCCUGAAGGUGAUUAUGCAGCCUCAACUUGAGCUUCAGGCCUGGGUGGAGAAGCAUGAAGAGCGAACCUACGAGCUGUCGGAGACUGUAGGCGACCGCACCAUUGGCAAAACCGACGAGGAAAUACAAUCAUUUGAUAUGUUACUAGAAAUAUUGGUGAAGAAGCUAGCGAAGCAGAAAUAA